UCCGUAAUUCUGCUUCAUUUGCCAAUAGAUUUCCACCAUCAUUCUCCAGAAUACUUUGUAAUCGAUGUUUGCUUUCGUCUUUGCGGUUUGAACCUUUUACAAUCUGCUUGCACGACAAGAUGAGUCUACGGGUAGCUACACGGUGCCUACAGCGGACAGUGGGCGUCGCAUGCUCAAAACAAUCCACCUCAUUGCUCCCAUCAAUACCAGCGGUUGCAUCUCGGUCAACAGCACGAAGCCAUGCGCUUGCGGUUCAAUCGCGACAUUACCCUCAAAGCUCUACCUUCCACACUUCCUCAGUAUUGCCGGCCCAAUCACCGACAGCAGAUGCACUCAUGGAAAACCUGACAGACUUGUAUGCGACGGCAAGAGACGAGUUCGAGAUUGCUGCAGAAGAGACCGAGAAAAAGACUGUAUACGCAGCUGACGAUCGGGAGGCUGCGGUAGCUGCGCUGCAGACACUGAAAGAGGCUUUCGAGAAGGCUGUCAAGGAAAGCGACCCAGAAGUGGGCAAGGAGAUACAGAGUCGGGUCGGCCAGAGAAUAAGGGAAUUAGAAAAUGCCAUCAAGGCUAUGGAGCAAAUGGCCAUGGAGGAUUAGGCGUGAGAAAGCCGAACAUCGUGUCACGAGGAGUUGCCAGUCCCGGUUCCCGCGGUCUAUAUUGGAUCCAUCAGAGUCUCGAGUCCCGUCGAAGCCUAUCGCGCCCCGACGCUAUGGUCGUGUCCCAAUUACAGAGUGCCUCACCUAGCGUUUGUUGCAAUACCUCAGCUGGGAGCUGCGACUAUCAGCGUGUAUGGAGCGUCUAGUUCCUUCUAUUUGCUGGUUGCAAGGAUGCAGCGUUAUGGCACGGGAAUCGCAAACACGGGAAAGAAUAGAAAAACCACUCCAAGAACCGAGGUUUAAUCGCAUCGAAUCAUAGAAUUUCUCCAGUACAGACGUGAUCUUGAUCGUCCAUACGCCAGUGCAAGCAGUUGCUGGAAAAUGCAACAGAGAAC